UCUGUUGCGUGUUAAAAAGUUAUUAUAUAAAAAGAGCAGCAGCGGCGCGGAAUCCUUGGAAAAGGCAGAAACGGACUUAAAAAUCUCCCACUCUGUGGACUCCAUUUUUGUAGAGGAAGAACAAUGGGUGGAUUCGAGAAGCAGGUGAAGGAGAGGGCCACGGAAUUGAAGAAAUUCUUCAAGAAGGGAGCCAAGAUCGUCGAAGAAACUUGCAAGAAAGGCUGGCACAAACUCAAGCACUUCAAACGCUGAAUCCUCAACCGGACGAUGAAACCUAGUUUCUUUUCUUAUGAUAAUCAUCUCUCAUUCUUCUUCUGUUGUAUAAUUUAGGGUUUCCUUCUCUUCUUCUAGCUUCAAUUUGUUGUUCCAAUGCUUUCUUGUUUGCUUUCUGGAUUCUUACUUGCCCUAAUUUUUCUCCGGAUUCGCCAUUAAUUCUUUAUUUUCCUUUCUUGUUCUCGUUCUCGCUGUGUUCAUCGCUGGGUUUCUUCAUCUUAAAUCUCGACUUCCUUCUUCUUCUUUUAUUGUGUUAUAUUUUUGUUUAUAAGAUUGCACGCUGUUGGAUGAACCGAAUAAACAAAGUUCGUCAAAUUCCGAAAAUUCUUCAAAGGAAUCGAAAUUACAGUAAUGAUAUGAUACUGAGAUUCCCAACCCUCCAUUCGGAUUCUGGAUUUUGGGUUUUUUUUAUCUUAAAUAAUGUGCACGGAAAAGRCAAAAUUAAUCGACGAAAUUGAUUAUGUAAUUUAUUAUUUUAUGAAAUAAGUGGGGCAAAUUUAUAUAUUUCGAAAAUCGAGGGCGCUAUAGGAGAAAUUCCAAAAUAUAGAAUUUGGAAAGUAAUCCCUCUCCCUCAGCUUACAUUGCAUUUAUGCCCUUCCCUUAAAAUUGCGCCCAGAAUCGAACGACGAACUUGAUUUCCAUCUCUGAAACUCUGUUAUCGACGAUUGGAACUGUGAGUUCCGUUUUCCGAUCAACUACCAAGAGGAAGAUGAUGAAGCUUCUUAAUUGGAAUAAGCUUUUUACCAAUCUGCUUCGGAGCUCUCAGCAAUCCAAUUCCAUGGCAUUCGCUUCACUUUUCUGUACUGAAUCUCUUUCCCCGCGCUUCUCUUCCGCUUCGCCGACUCCAUCUUCACUUCUCGACAAAAUCUUAGCCGUCCGAGACCCGAAAAUCUCUGCUGUUCCGGUGCUGGAGAAGUGGGUCGGCGAUGGCGGAGCGRUUGGGAAGCAGGAACUUCAAUCGCUGGUUCGCCUCAUGAAGAGCUUUCGCCGCUUUAAUCACGCUUUACAGAUAUCUCAGUGGAUGACCGAUCGGAGGUACUUCAGUCUAUCGUCGAGCGAUGUAGCAAUGAGGCUGGAUUUAAUCCGCAGAGUUCACGGUCUGGAACACGCAGAACAUUACUUCAAUAGUAUAUCUUCUCGGUUGAAAGCUUCUAAUACUUAUGGUGCUCUUCUCUGUAGUUAUGUGCGAGAGGGAUCAGUUGAGAAGGCUGAAGCCAUUAUGCAAGAAAUGAGACAGAUGGGUAUUGCUACUUCGACGUUUCCUUACAACGUGCUAAUUAACCUCUAYGCGCAGAUCGGACAGCACGAUAAGAUUGAUCUACUGAUUCAAGAAAUGGAAACGAAGGGAAUAGCUGAAGAUAUUUACACAGUUAGAAAUCUUUGUGCAGCUUAUGUUUCUAAGUCGGAUAUUUCUGGUAUGGAAAAGAUCCUGAAAAGGAUCGAGGAGGAUUCACAAUUCAAUGCUGAUUGGAGAGUUUAUUCAAUUGCUGCCAGUGGUUAUCUAUCAGCUGGGUUGGAGACAGAGGCUCUCUCCAUGCUGAAGAAAAUGGAGGAGAGGAUUCCACCUUAUCAAAAUAAAUCUGCGUUCGAGUUUCUUCUCUCGCUUUACGAGAGAACGGGUCGGAAGGAUGAWCUUUACAGAGUUUGGAGUACCUUCAAGCCAUCAAUCAGACAAAUGGAUGUGCCAUAUGCGUUAAUGAUCACAUCUCUUGCAAAGCUUGAUGAUGUUGAAGGGGCUGAAAGGAUCUUCCAGGAGUGGGAAUCACAGUKCACUGGCUAUGACUUUCGAGUCUUAAAUCGACUUCUGGUUGCUUAUUGCAGGAAAGGUCUUUUCGACAAGGCAGAAUUGGCUGUUAACCGAGCGGUUGUAGGAAGAACCCCAUACGCCAGCACUUGGAGUGUGUUAGCCAUGGGAUAUGCGGAACACAGACUCAUGAGCAAAGCAGUUGAGAUGUUAAAGAAAGCUAUGCUAGUCGGAAGGCAAGAUUGGAAACCAAACCUSGACACUUUGGAAUCGUGUUUAGAGUACUUGGAAGAACGAGGAGAUGCAGAAACAAUGGAGGAAUUAAUACAAUUAUGCAAAAGCUCGGGUACAAUAACGAAGGAGACGUACUAUAGAUUGCUGAGAACUUCCAUCGCAUGUGGAAAACCAGUUCUCAACAUUCUUGACCAGAUGAAGAUGGAUGGUUUUUCAGCCGACGAAGAAAUAGACAAAAUCAUGGGAACAACUAAGACGAACUUGUAGUCUUACAAUGCCUAUAGAUGAACUGCAGGAUCAGAAAAGAAAAUGUCAUGUAGCCAAUUUUUCUGUCUGUUCAUCUCAACCUGGUUCUUUAUUUAUAUCUCAAGAGAUAAUGUAGAAGGAAGAUGCUUGUAUCUGAGACUCGAGAGUGCAUUGCCAAGMUUAUUCCUCUGUUAGCAAUUUUAAAGCUUUAGUUUUUUUAUUUUUUAA